UUAAUUGGUGUCCGUCUAAGCACACACAGAAUCACAGUACCUCCUGCUGAAGAGCUGUCAUUACUUUGGCUGUGUUUUGUGAACCUGCUUUUGGCUUCUCAGUGUACACUACGAGGAUUAUGACUGAUUAAAUGUGACUUUUAUGGUAUAAACAGUGAAGAAGAUCUACAGGCUUCGCAAUGGAGUGUCUUCAGCUCUGUGUCUUUUGUUGAGCGACUCUUGAGGCUCUUUUAAGAUUUUUAUAAGAGAGUUUUCUGUAAAUACGUUUCUGUUGUCAGGAAUAAAUGAUCACCUCAACUAGACGAGUCUCUGCAGAUAAACCUGAAGUACAAAUCGCUUUCAGCCUCGACGAAACCUCAGAGUUGAAAGAUGCAGAGGAUCCCCUUCCAUCAUUCCCCGACCUUGAGCAACGCCUGCAGCCGGUGCUGCCGUGUCGGUCUCUAAAGGAGUCCAUAGAAGUGUACAAAGACCACUGCAAGAUGGCCAAUGAGUUCAACCAGGUCAAACAUGAAAUCGCCAGGCUGGAAGACAGAAAGAAAGAGCUCAUGGCUGAGCUGCUAGAGGACGAAGAGGCUUCGAUGGAGUUUGCCCGACUGGAGGAGGAAUACAGGAUCCUUACGGAAGAGAACCAGAACCUGAUAACAGUCCACAGUGAACGAGCACAGCAGCUCGAGACGCUCCGAGUGGUCAGUCAAAAGAGGCAGGGCUCCUCCUGACCUUGAACACCAAUGCGAAAGAUCUUUCUCUUCUGGGUCUUUACUACUGCUAAUAAACAUCUCAGCGUUCCUUUAGUGGUUAUGGUUAUGUACCAAAGCGGAAUGCCGAUCUUGAAUCAGUGUGCUUAGACUGAGACACUUAAUCAAUGUGUAUAUAUAUAUAUAUAUAUAUAUAUAUAUAUAUUUUAAGCUAUUAUGGGUCCUUUUCAGAGCAGAUGGUCUUGUGGCCCAAACAUGAGGUGAGGGGGUCACCUCACUCAUAUAUGUCUGAAUUUGUAUUCUGAAUAUAUACUAUUCCUUUGUGUGAUUUAAGGGCGUGUUUGUUGAUUCACUCGCCUAUAUUGUACAGUUGAAAUUGUAUCAGUGUUUUAUCAUGUAAAAUGCUCUGCUGAGAAAGAGUAAAUGUAACUCUCAGUAAAAGUUUUUACUGUUUACUGUCUGUCAGUUGCAUAAAAAAGGAAUUAAGGAAUUACAUUUCUGUUCAGCUAUUUGAGUUCAGGCAAGGUGACGAUAGACGUAUGACUACACUGCAUUGUUUAGUCACUCAGCAAUAGGGAACUUGGGUUUCGAAAUGUGAUCUGCUCAUUUUAGGAUUGUGAAACCCUUCAAAAAUAUCAAUGGCUGACACCCUCCAUCCCACACAGCUGAAAUACCAGCGGUGUACGUCCGCAAAAACCAGUUUAGUGGCAUGAAACGUUUGCUUCCUCCAGAUUCAGUGGAAUUUUAGCUAGUCUAGACUUUUGUUUAGGCAGUGCAGGUUUCAUUUUCUUUGACAGACUGAGGAAAGUCCAUUAAUGUCAAAAAUUAAAUGGCAUAUUGUUAUUUUUCAUACAACAAUUUUGAAAAUCUGAUGUGUAGUAGUAUACUCAGUGAGUAGGAUUUUACACGACAGUGUUUACACACCACAUCACAUAUUCAUAAUUACUAGGACUAACCACAACAUGUAAGCUGCUCCAGGAAAUAGUAUUAUGUUUUUUUUAUUAGUAUAACUCACUACUUAAUGACACUAUAACAUUCAUAAUUUUAAACAUUAAUUAAUUACUAAUUACUAUUAAUAUUUUCAUCUAACAAACGUAUAUUUUUUUUUUACAUGCAGUACACACAAAUGUGUUGUGCUUGUGAAAAUAAAGCAGAAUAACAUCAGA